UUUAUUGAUACUCAAACCUUAGAUGGUUCCUCUCAUUUUCCUCGUUUUUCAAAAAUUAAUCAAGAAAAAAAAAACUGCUAGCAUUCUUUAUAUCGGUGGCGUACAUAACUUUUCCCCUAAUUAAAAAAACAAAAAGAGUUGGGGGAAGCUGCAAACAAAACAGGAGAGGGGUGGCACGUGCAGUAUUGGUUUUCUCAAUUCAACUUUCACACUUUCUUCACAGCUUACUUCUGCAACUAGAUCUGUUACAGAUUGAUGGCCGGAGCCGUGUACGCUGCUGUCCCGUCUUCUUCUUCAUCCUCACCCUCCGCCUCUCGAUGGAGUACGUACGAUGUUUUUUUGAGUUUCAGAGGAGAAGACACACGGAAUAACUUCACUCAUGACCUCUAUGAUGCCCUGGUCAAGAAAAAUAUCGAAACAUUCAAGGACGAUGAAAAACUGAAAAUAGGAGAUCUGAUCUCUGAAGCGCUCAAAAAGGCAAUCAAAGAAUCAAGGUUCGCCAUUAUCAUAUUCUCUACGAACUAUGCUAAUUCCAGAUGGUGCCUAGAAGAACUCGCUUUGAUUAUGGAGGAAUGCUGGGAAAAGAAGCAUCAUUGCCAAAAGGUUUUUCCAGUUUUCCUCAAGGGCGUCGAUCCAUUGGACUUAGAGCACCAGAAGGGGAGCUUUGGAGAACCUUUUUAAAAGCACGAAAAGCGCUUCGGCCGAGAGAUGGUGGGAAGGUGGAGGUCAGCCCUAAGAACAGCUGCUCAACUCUCCGGAUGGAGCUUCAUAGAUUUCGGAUUGAUGGCAAACCACACUGUUAUCCCGUCCUCUUCCGCCUCUGGAUGGAAUUACGAUGUGAUCUUGAGUUUCAAACAAGAAGAAAAAGAAAGAGGGAACAGUUUCGCAAGUAACCUCUGCGCUUCCCUGGAGGGGGCCAACAUCAAAACAUUCAAGGACUAUGAGAGAUCGAAAAGAGGAGACCAGAUCUCUGCAGCGCUCAUAAAAGGAAUCAAUGAAUCAAGAUGCGCAAUUAUCUUAUUCUCGAGGAACUAUGCUUCUUCAAUACGAUGCCUUGAAGAGCUUUCCUUGAUAAUGGAAUGCAGGGAAAAGCUUGGCCAAAAGGUAUUUCCUGUUUUCCUCAUGGGUGUGGAAGGUUCGGACGUACGACGUCAAAAGGGAAGCUUUGGGGAGCCUUUUCGCCUACACCAAGAGUGCUUCGAGCCAGAGGUGGUGAAAAGGUGGAGGUCAGCUCUGGAAAUAGCAGGGGAACUCCGUGGAUGGAACUUAAAAGACAAACACGGUGAUGACGAGACGUUGAUUAAAAAGAUAGUGAAAGAUGUCUCCAAUGCGCUGAGUGAGAUCCCUUCUCCAAAGCCUGUGAUAGAGAUCCCAACCGAGCUAAUUGAGAUCCAGCCAUCAACUCAACGCAUGCUACAGCAGAUGCUUGAUUGCAUAUGUGAUCCAGAUCCAGAAAUUGGCAUCUUUGGAAUAUAUGGUAUGGGGGGAGUGGGUAAAACCACUCUGGCCAAACAACUAAACAAUCACUUAGAAAAAGAUUUGGCCAGAGGAGUAAAGAUACCUUUUGAGAUUGUGAUAAUGGUCACAGUGUCUGCCACUGCCAAUAUAUCAAGUAUCCAAACCAGUAUUGGUAAGCGCCUUGGAUUAUUAGAUAAUAGUGAGGCUGAUGCAUUGUUUGCCACCCUAAGGAAGAAGAAUUUUUUUCUAAUAUUGGAUGAUGUGUGGUGCAAAUUGAAGCUCGAGGAUGUUGGAAUCCCUCACCCUUGA